GUACCACAGACAGAGAGCAGAGUCUACAGUAUCCAGCUGUCUGUCCAUGAAGAGUGACAAGUCCAAAGAAAGACCUCCAGUCUUCAGUGAAGAACCUGGACCCUCAGACACAAAAGGUCAGUUCCACAGACAGAGAGCAGAGUCUACAGUAUCCAGCUGUCUGUCUAUGAAGAGUGACAGGUCUAAACACAAACCUCCAGACUUCAGUGAAGAACCUGGACCCUCAGACACAAAAGAGAGGAAGAGGAGUCAUGUUUCUGUGGAGGAGCAGCCGUCCUGCUGUGCUUUGUGUCAGGACGUCCUGAAGGAUCCAGUCUCUACCAGCUGUGGACACUGGUUCUGCAGACAGUGCAUCACCUCACACUGGGACCAGUCUGAUUCAUCAGGACACUCUUCCUGUCCCCAGUGUGGAAAAAGAGCCAGAACAAGUAAGACUCUACAUCUGGAUGACUGUUUUCUUUUUGUCUCUCUUUUGUUCUUCUUUCCAGCUGAUGUUGGUCUGCAGGAGAUUUUAGAUGAACAUAAGAUCAGUCUGAGGAGGAGAUGUGAACAUGUGACUGAAGGAACUGAUGUAAGAGGAAGAGGAACCCUCCUCAACAGGAUCUACACUGAGCUCUACAUCACAGAGGGACAGAGUGAAGAGGUUAAUACCCAACAUGAGGUGAAGCAGCUUGAGACAGCUUCCAAGAUGAAGGCCCUCCAUGACACUCCAAUCAGGUGCCACGACAUCUUUAAAGCCUCACCUGACCAACAGAGACACAUCAGACUGGUUCUGACCUACGGCGUCGCUGGUGUUGGAAAAACAUUCUCAGUGCAGAAGUUCACUCUGGACUGGGCAGAGGGUUUGGAAAACCAAGAUGUCAGUGUGGUGAUUGUGCUUUCGUUCAGGGAGCUGAACUUGAUCAAAGAUGAGCAGUACAGUCUUCUCAGGCUGCUCCAUGUUUUCCAUCCAACAUUACAGAAGGUCACAGCAGAGCAGCUGGCUGUCUGGAAACUUUUGUUCAUCUUUGACGGCCUGGAUGAAAGCAGACUUUCAUUGGACUUCAACAACAGUGAGGUUGUGUCUGAUGUCACACAGAAGGCAUCAGUCAACGUGCUGCUGACAAACCUCAUCAAGGGGAAGCUGCUUCCCUCGGCUCUGGUCUGGAUCACUUCCAGACCUGCAGCAGCCAAUCAGAUCCCUCCUACAUGUGUUGACAGGGUAACAGAAGUACGAGGCUUCACUGACGCCCAGAAGGAGGAGUACUUCAGGAGGAGGUUCAGUGAUGAAGAGCUGUCCAUCAGAAUCAUCUCCCACAUCAAGAACUCCAAGAGCCUCCACAUCCUGUGUGGAGUCCCAGUCUUCUGCUGGAUCACUGCUACAGUUCUGGAGCACAUGUUGACUACAGAGCAGAGAGGAGAGCUGCCCAAGACCCUGACUGACAUGUACUCACACUUUGUGAUGGUUCAGACAAAGAGGAAGAAGAACAAGUACCAUGAGGGACACAAGACGAGUCCAUGGGAGCUGAUGGAGGCUGACGGGGAAGUUCUUCUGAAGCUGGGGAGGCUGGCGUUUGAACAUCUGGAGGAAGGAAACAUCAUGUUCUACCAAGAAGACCUGGAGCGCUGUGGUCUGGAUGUGACAGAGGCCUCAGUGUACUCAGGAGUUUGUACAGAGAUCUUCAAAAGAGAGAGUGUGAUCUUUCAGAAAUCAGUCUACAGCUUUAUUCAUCUGAGCGUUCAGGAGUUUCUGGCUGCAGUCUACAUGUUCCACUGUUAUACCAACAAGACGACAGAGGUGAUGAAGGACUUCCUGGGGAGAGACCACCAGAACUACACUAAAUCUCUGGAUGACUUCCUGUAUGGAGCCAUGUAUAGAUCCCUAGAGAGUAAAAAUGGUCACCUGGACCUGUUUGUUCGCUUCCUUCAUGGCCUCUCUCUGGAGUCCAACCACAGACUCUUAGGAGGUCUGCUGGGUCAGACAGAGAACAGUCCAGAAAUCAUCCAGAGAGCCAUCAAUAAGCUGAAGAAUAUGAACGCUUAUUACAUGUCUCCUGACAGAAACAUCAACAUCUUCCACUGUCUGAUGGAGAUGAACGACCUCUCAGUUCAUCAGGAGAUCCAAGAGUUCCUGAAGUCAAAGAACAGAUCAGAGAAGAAACUCUCUGAGAUCCACUGCUCAGCUCUGGCCUACAUGCUGCAGAUGUCAGAGGAGGUUCUGGAUGAGUUGGACUUGAGUCAAUACAACACAUCAGAUGAGGGACGACGGAGACUGAUCCCAGCUGUGAGGAACUGCAGAAAGGCUCAAUUUACUGGACGUGGACUCUCAGAGACUCACUGUGAAGCUGUGUCCUCAGCUCUGAAGUCCAACCCUUCCUAUCUGACAGAGCUGGACAUGAGUAAUAAUAACCUGAAGGAUUCAGGAGUAAAGCAUCUGUCUGCUGGACUGGAGAGUCCAAACUGUAGACUGGAGACUCUGAGACUGAAGAGAUGCAGUUUGUCAGAGAUCAGCUGUUAUUAUCUGGUCUUAGCUCUGAAGUCCAACCCCUCCCAUCUGAAACAUCUGGACCUGAGUUUCAACAACAUCCUGAAGGAUUCAGGAGUGAAGCAGCUGUGUGGUUUUCUGGAGAGUCCAGACUGUAGACUGGAGACUCUGAGUUUGAAGAACUGCAGUUUGUCAGAGAUCAGCUGUGAUUAUCUGGGACCAGCUCUGAAGUCCAACCCCUCCCAUCUGAAACAUCUGGACCUGAGUGAAAACAGUCUGAAGGAUUCAGGAGUGAAGCAGCUGUGUGGUUUUCUGGAGAGUCCAGACUGUAGACUGGAGACUCUGAGGUUGUGGAGCUGCAGUUUGUCAGACAUCAGCUGUGAUUCUCUGGUCUCAGCUCUGAAGUCCAACCCCUCCCAUCUGAAACAUCUGGACCUGAGUGACAACAACCUGAAGGAUUCAGGAGUGAAGCAGCUGUGUGGUUUUCUGGAGGGUCCAGACUGUGGACUGGAGACUCUGAGUUUGAAGAAAUGCAGGUUGUCAGAGAUGAGCUGUGAUUCUCUGGGACCAGCUCUGAAGUCCAACCCCUCCCAUCUGAAACAUCUGGACCUGAGUGACAACAUCCUGGAGGAUUCAGGAGUGAAGCAGCUGUGUGGUUUUCUGGAGAGUCCAGACUGUAGACUGGAGACUCUGAGAUUGAACACCUGCAGUUUGUCAGAGAUCAGCUGUGAUUCUCUGCUCUCAGCUCUGAAGUCCAACCCCUCCCAUCUGAAUCAUCUGGACCUGAGUAACAACAACCUGAAGGAUUCAGGAGUGAAGCAGCUGUGUGGUUUUCUGGAGAGUCCAGACUGUAGACUGGAGACUCUGAGAUUGAAGAACUGCAAUUUGUCAGAGAUCAGCUGUGGUUCUCUGGGACCAGCUCUGAAGUCCAACCCCUCCCAUCUGAAAGAUCUGGACCUGAGUAACAACAGUCUGAAGGAUUCAGGAGUGAAGCAGCUGUGUGGAUUUCUGGAGAGUCCAGACUGUAGACUGGAGACUCUGAGAUUGAUAUACUGUAGUUUGUCAGAGAUCAGCUGUGGUUCUCUGGUCUCAGCUCUGAAGUCCAACCCCUCCCAUCUGAUACAUCUGGACCUGAUAGGAAACAACCUGAAGGAUUCAGAUGUGAAGCAGCUUCUUGAUCUUGUGAAGAGUCCAGACUAUAAACUGGAGACUCUGGAUUGGAAGAGGCCAUGGUUAUAACCAGGAGGGUGUGUGGUGUGAGAGGAUGAGCUGUGUCCUGAUGAUCCAGAGGCUGAAGCAGCAGCAGCUUGAGUGGACAGAGACUCUGACUGCAGAUAAAUGCUGAUGUUGAUGAAGAAGUGAGCAGCUCAGUCACAAACAUUCUUCUCCCAGUGAUGCAGCCAGUGUUCAGUUUCUCUCACUCAGCAGAUACAUGUGUUUCUGCUCCUGCUGCUCUAUGGACUCCACUGAGUCAACAUCAGUCUCUGAUCAGCGAUAUUUUCUUUCCUUUAACAUAGAAAUAAGAGACAAUCGAGGUGUAUAGGCAGCCAACACAAACAUUGCUUAAUUUUGUUAUGAAACCGGAGGCUUUAAGUAAACCCCCUUGGUUUUAUUCCUCUUCCUGCUCGGGCGCAUUAUAUUUUUAUGUCGGUUACUUGUUGUUUUUAAAAUAUAAAUGAUUUGCAAAACAUUUAAAUGAAAAAAAUAAUAAAUAAUAAAAUCUU